UCCCUCCCAUCUCCAUCUCUUCUAGUUCUAUCCACCUCCAAGUUUAGAGAUUUGAAAAUGGCAGUUGUGAUUGGCUUCCCUUGCUGCUUUAGGGCCCAAUCAUCUCCUUCAAUUUCGCCCUCUCGGUCCUGCUCCAUUCCUUCUUCUCAACCAAUGUUCGCCGCAGCAAAGAAAAGGGCUCUCUCUCCCUCCACAUUUGCUCUCAAUAAGACCAACCUUUGUGAAACUAAUGUGGAUGAAGAGAUAAACGGUUCCCUAUUGGAAGACUCCUCUGAAACUCUCUUGUAUUCUUUCUCUCCUUUGCCUUUGCUGCUUUUGGCUGCUCUUCCUGGAGCUACAACUGUGACAUCUCUAAUGAGCCCUUUUGUCGAGCUAGUAAAGUCAUGGAGCCUCCCCGAUUGGCUCGUGCAUUGGGGCCAUCCUGGAAACAUGGCUGUUGUGCUGUUUGCUAUGGGUGGUUAUGGAACCUACUUGGGCUUCCGUAUUCAUUUCUCGGAUGAUAUUGAGGAAAAGGCCAAGGCCAAAGAUUUGCACCCAAAGCUUCUUGGUGGAAUGUUCUUCUUUUUUGCUCUUGGUGCUACUGGUGGCAUCACAUCUCUUCUCACUUCUGAUAGGCCCAUCUUCGAGAGUCCUCAUGCUGUAACGGGCUUCAUCGGUCUUGCUCUUUUAACCUUUCAAACGCUGCUGCCAACGCUGUUUGAGGGGAAUCCCGGGUUGCGAAACAUUCAUGGAAUCUUGGGCAGCGGGAUUAUGACAUUGUUCGUGGUUCAUGCGGCCCUAGGGCUUCAACUAGGAUUGAGUUUCUAAUUCCUUCUACUAGCAAUUCUUUGAAAUGGGAUACUUGAUAUAUGUGGUGAGUAAAUGAAUGCCAUUUAUCAAACUUGGUAAUUCUAUGCAAUUUACCACUUUAAUUCA